AGGCUAACCCUGCUUGUAGGAAUGGAACGUAUCAAAACUGUUAAGCUUAAGGAGUUUAAAGAACUUCUUAACAUGAAAGAGGCACCUCCUCAAACUGAGAAAGUUAUGAACACUUUCUAUCAUUUACUCGGCCAUGAGGAGAAGCAUACCAUUGUUAAUUAUCAGCAGAUGGUAAUCUGUGGAAUGAUCCAGAUCCCACGCUCACUAGUGGACUUCCCAAUCGUCAACCUGAAGCAUGAGCAAGUACUGGUGGCAGAAGAUUCUCUCGAUGAAAUUAAUGAAGAUUCUUUAAAGAAGGAGAGCCAUGUUGCUCACAAAAUCUUUCUUUGGAUCAACUCUAUACUCCAAAAUUUUCAUGAUCGCUUUGACUCUGAAAUAAAAGAUUACUUGAAAUUAGAUGCUAAACAGAAGAAAGAGAGCAUCAAAGCUCAUAGUCAGACAGAAAAUGUAGAUAUGAGACUGGUGAAGGCCAAAAGAACUCCAAUUGCUAGAUCAGGAAAUAUCCAAAAUUCUGAGACUGUCGAAGAGACAAAGGAAAUUCAUGCAACUUCUGUUGAAAAAGUCGUUGAGACCCAACCAGAAAUUAGUUUGGCUGAGAAGACACCAAAGUGUCGAGAAGUACCCCCUCAACCUGAGAGCAACUCUUAUUUAUGGGAGGAACUCAUUCUCGAUGAAGAUAAAGAGGCCUUUACUGGUCCUGAUAAAAUGGAACUACUUCAGGAAGCAUUCACAAAAGCUGAAGAGACUAUCCAGAAUUUAGAUAUUCCUUCCAUUAAGGAACUUAGAUGUCUCAGAGCUCCAGCUGAAGUCUGCAUUAAAGUAUGUGGAUCUGUGUUAGUUGCGUUCAAAAAGAAAGACUUAAGCUGGGAUAGUGUCAGAAAGUUCCUCAGCGCUCCUGACAUGAAGCAAUACUUAAGAAAGUGCGACCAUGAGAACAUGUCUUACCCCAAACAAUGCAAGAAGAUCUAUGGGCUCAUCAAGGGAUUAUCUGAAGGAAAAGUUGCCUCUGUAAGCCUUGCGGCUCUUGGCUUGUUUAAAUGGGUGAAAGGGAUGCUUUAUUCCAGAAUUUACACUGCUCUCAAAAAUAACGAAUCUAUUGAUGUCCGCAAGAGUGUUGUAAGGAAGAAGAGUGCUGCCAGGAAUAACCCUAGACCCAAAACAGCUUCUGUUAGUGCUAGCAAAAGGGAAGAAAUCAAGAUUUCAACUAGGAUUUUACAGAAAAGUCCUAUUCGAGUUAAAGAUGCUGCUAAGAGAACAUCAUCUAGGAAGACUCCAAAGAAGCCUAAAGGUACUUGGAAGGACAUCUUACUCGUCAGUAAUAUUGAAGAAAUUGAAGGUCCAGAGGGCCUUGAGAUUCUUAAAGAAAAAAUUGGGCAAGAAAGCCUUAAGCUCUCUAAAGCUGAUAUAGUUGAAAUCAAGUCAAUGCCAAAUCCUCCAGUAGUAGUCUCUCAAGUUCUCAGUGGUUUGCUAGCAAUAUUUGGGGAAAAAGAUCAUUCCUGGAAGAAAAUUAAAUCUUUUCUUUCUCAAUUUAAUCUCCUGACGAAGCUUGCCCAUUUCGAUAAGGAUCAUGUCGAAUACACAAAUUGCAAGAAAGCUUAUGCACUGAUUAAAGACCUAAACCCUGAGAUGGUAGCAAAUGUCAGCAAAGGUGCAUUAGGAAUUUACUCGUGGAUUCGAUCGAUCAUCAACUUCAGAGUAUUCAUAGCCUUGUCAAACAAUGAAUCUGUUCCAGAAAGGAAAGGUUGCGGACUAAAAAAGAAUGCCUCUAAAAAGAGAUUUAAUCCUAGUUACAAAUUCUCUCCAGGGAUGUCUGACUCUCAGAGGCACAAUCAGUCUCUUGAUAGUGCUUCAAUUCCUUCAAAUAUGGGAAAUAAUUCUUUUACCCAGUCAGCUUAUGAAUAUAAUAAACAACUGGAGGACGUCAAAAAUGACAUCGAGAAAAGAUAUACUUACGUGCACGAUAAAGCUUCUAUGGGUCAAGACUGGAGACUUUUCAGGGAAGAUUCUCCUAUCAGAAGAAAGAUUAUGCAGAACUGUAGCCCUGAUAAGAAAUCUGUUGAGCAGAUCAAUAGGAACUCGGUGACCUCAAGCACGAAAGUAAUCAACAAAGCUCAAAACGAUCCACUCUAUAGCUCUUUUAGUUACAGUAAAGAAGGUGACUUGGAUAUGAGUUAUUCUAGACAUAAGCAGGAUAUAGAUAUUGACACUGCGAUCCAGAAGGAACGAAUGAAGCCUAGUAAUAUUAAGAAGACCCAAUCGAGAGUUUCCUACCACUGGUCACCUAAGAGAAGAAGAGAAAUGAAGCAGGAAGGAGAAAUCAUGACUAUAUAUUACACAGAAAAGUUCAUUAAAGAUGUCAUCAAGGAUAUCUCUGAGAAGAAGAUCACUGCUACUGAAGGAGAAGACUACCUCAAAGAUUUUGGAUAUGAUAUGCAUAUGGAUAAGAACCCUGAGACUGGUGAAGAAGAAAUAACUGUGUCCAAGAUCACUGAAGAAGCUCAACCUCCUGCAGAAACGGAUGAAGCCAAAGCUAAGGAAGAGAGAGUUUUGAAUAAGGAAUUUUCACUUGGAAAAGAUCUGAUCAGGGAAGCAGCAAAUCAUAUAACUGAAGAAAGCUUGCGAGAUUUGGUAGCAGAUAAUGAUCUUAGCCCAGCAGAUCAGAGUAUCAUUAAAACAUUUAUUGGUCUGUUAGAACUAAUCAACCAUGGGAAGCCAAAGGAAUACCUUGCUUGGCAUAGGAUCCAGACCUCUCUCAGUUUCACUGAGGACUGGAUCAAUAGAAUUGAUGAUUUCGAGACAAUGAUUGAGCACUAUACUUUCCCACAGGAGUUGAUUAAUGGCUAUAAAGAAGAGUUUAAGAGACAUGCUCAGCUUUCCUCUGACAAGGCUUAUGUCUCUAAUUUAAGAGAAUAUCUUUGUGAAGCGUUUUGUUUACUUGAUAUUCUUGAAGAAAUCAAGCUUAACAAGUCUCAUAAAACGGCUUCGAAAUCUCCUGCCAAAUUUGAAAAGAUAAAUGAAAGAAGUCACAAGAAUAAAGAUUCUAAACCAGUUGCACAGAAGAAGACUGUUCAAAGAAAGAGUGGAGAGAAAACUGUGAAGAAAGCUGAGAAGAAAGUCCAGUCUGCUUCUAGCGGACACAACCCGGUUGUAGUCACUAAAAACAUCAAAUCAAUGGAGAUUGUUAAGGAGUCCUCUAAGGAGGAGUCCCCUCAAUACUUCACUCAGAAGAUUCGUCUUCAAGAGGAAGAAGUCCCAGCUCAGGAUAAAGAAGAAGAAAGAAGAACUAGAGAGGCCAGAAGAAGAGUAGUAGAGAGUAGGUCACCAAAUAAGAAGGUGACUACGAAAACAUGGAGCAAGGGUGGAGCUACUUUCACAACAAAGACUACCGAGUACAAGCUAGCUAAAUCUCCAGCAACUGCUAAAUCUCCUAAGAGGAAGAUUGUACAGAAGAAGAGGAGAGGGGCUGAUAGUCCUACUAAGAGAAUUAUUGAUCAUAAGAAUGCUUCCUUAAAGCACAAGAAAAAUGCAAAGAAGGUUGCAGAUCAAGGCCAUAUGCUUUAUACUAUCGACCCGAAAAAUGCUUAUUUGGUGAGCAAUGAUUUUUCUAAACACCUGAGUCAGGAUCAAAUAAUCGAUAAAGCAAUGAACGAAAGAAAAGGUUUUACUGAAAAAUAUAUUGAUGAAGACGGUGCCCAGGUCACUAAGUAUUAUUACUCCUCUCCAAAAUCUUAUAAACUGAAUAAGAGAGGAAAAGUAUCGGAGGCAACGAAGAAAUUUGAGGUUUCUCCUGACAAAUACGUAGACGCUCAAGAGUUCUUCGAAAGUUCAAAAAUAGACCAUAUAGUUUCAGAUUCUAGCUUUAAGACAAGGAAAGAUUACAUCAAAGAAAUUGAGGAGAGGACAAAGGCGCUGGAUGAUGAAAUCAACAAAGAUUCUUUAAGGUCUAAAUACAUCCGGGAAUCUUCAUAACUUCUCUGCCACCAGGCCUGAAUAUUUCGUUUAAAUAUCUA